AUGAGAUGUAAUGAAAUAUGGAAAAGAGAUUUAAUACAACUACGCAUACAAAAGAAUGAAUAUGGAAUGUUGUUUAAAAAGCAAGAGACAUGUGACGAUGUCUUUAUCGACAAGAACAACAAUUGUCUAGUCAUGCCCAUACAUUUGAGUGACCAAGGACCAAAGUGGAUCAACAUCUGCUACCUCAACCACAAAACAUUCCAAGAGGCCGAUGUCAACGAGGAAUAUGAAGAGGUUGAAGUCAUUAAACCAGAGUUUGAAGUAAUGUACUUUAGUCAAGAUCCUAUCAUCGCCGAUUGGCAAGAACACAAAGGUCAUACUUGGAGAUCUAGCAACACCCACUCCAACUACCACGAACUCUAUCUACCCGAUUUCUUUAAUGUAAUCUACAAGAAUUCAAACAUUCAAGCUCAACAAUACUUUAAUCAAAACUUUUCUAUUCAAGAUUUAGCAGCACAACAACAUCUGUUGGAAUCACAACAACAACUAUCGGUGUGGAUGAUAGUUGUAGUGUUGAUACCUUGUUGUAUAGUAUCUUCAUUUGCAGUAUACCCUAUUGAAUUGUGGAGGGUUAGAAGACAGGUAUUCUCAAUCAUCAAGAGAUUCAAUAGUUUCUUUUAUUCAUUACAACAACAGAGAACCUCCUCAAGUGGUGGAGGUAGUGGUGGUAGUCAAGGUGCCAAACUUGCAAAGAAACAUCAUGCUGAAGAAUGUUUUAUAGAUGAGUUUGGAUGGUCUGUCUUUAUUCGUGGUGUAGCUGUAGAGAUUAUAUCUACUCUAUUAUACACACUAGUAGUUAUCUUGGUGACAUGUGGAUCGUAUCAAGAACUCAUCAGUGCAAGAUCCAUUAGACAAUUGUCAUCGUCAUCUACACCUGCCAAUAACAGUCCAUUCUCUAUCAAAACGAUUAUAGUAUCAUUGAUAAUUGGUAUAUUGAAUUACUUUAUAACUUAUCAAACUCAAGAGAUAAAGAUUAAAUUACAAUUUCAAGAUGAUCAAUCAAGACGUAAACAACAACCAUCAUCAUCAUCAAAAAACAAGAAAAAGGAAAAGGAUGAAGAUGAUCAAGAUAAUAAUAGUAUUUAUAAAACACCAGUAUUAAAAGAUGGAUUAGAUCAAGUGUAUGGAUGGAUGUUACCUAAACGAUUCGUAGAGAUGAUAGGAUCACAAAGAGUGAUGGCAUUGAUUGAAAGUAUCAUCUUUCAUCUACUAUUUAUUCCAUUGUUUUUGGUAGUGUGUAAUGUACAACAAUCACAAUACCGAAUACUAUUCAAACGAUCAAGUAUGCCAUCAAGCAUAACUAGCAAUCAAGCAUUGGCAGGAUACAUUUUUGAAUAUAUAUUUGAAUAUGUAAUUUAUAGAUCACCUAUUUUACCUUUAUUAUUUUCAAGUAUAAUAGCAGUAACAAUGACACAAUAUAUAAAUAUAUUUCAAACACAAUUUAUUUGUUAUCAAUAUGCAUUUAAACAUUUACAAGAGAAAUUGGUUGAUAGAGUAUCGUAUAUCGAUGAAGAACAACUCAUGACAUUUCCAAAGAAAUUUGUACACCAAUUUAAAAAGAAUAGAUGGAAUGGAUUCCUAGCAAGAUUACUUUACUUUCCAUUAAGAUUGUUAAUCAUAUCAUUAUGUUAUUUAUUAAUUGCUAUAGAGAUAUCUAGAAUGAUGAUGAUGAAUAAAUUAAUUUCCAUUCUAUUGGUAUUAGCCAUUUCCAUUUCAAUGGUUCAUUGUAGUAAUAACAAUAGAUAUAACAAUAGAUACAGUAGAUAUAGUAGAGCCGAUCCAUUAACUGAAUGUGUCAGCACUUGUGAAGCUCACAUUAACCUACUUUAUCCUUGCACCAACAUAUUUACAUUGAUUCAAUGCAACAUUGAGAAAUACACUCAGUAUUUUAAAUGUUCUGUCGAUUGUAAAUCUGCAUUUGAACAUCACAAUUAA